UGGUAAAGGGGAAAGUAAAACAAGUGGGAUAUACAACUGAUUUUUAAUAUUCUGAGCCUCGUAGUAAAAUAAAAAGGGUUUGGUAUAUAAACAUAUUUUCAAUUACUUUUUUAUGCUUCCGAUGUAUUUGAUUUCAUUCAGAGGAAUUACUGAAGCACAGAAAAAUGUUAGCAAUAUAGCAAUCAAAUUUGGUUAUCGAAACCCGUUCUAUUUCGCCCUUUGAUACCAUGUGCAGAAAUAGAUGCGCAGGAUUCGUCGUCUAGUGUUCUGAUAACGUGUGUCGCACAAAGGAGAGAAGCAACUCGAAACUUCAAAGUAAACAAGGGAGUAAGAUAGGUGUGGAGUAGAAAAGGUCCAAAGCACGGAACAGCGGACCCCAAGCAGGAGACAACCGGAACAGACUGGAGUGGACAUAAGCUUAUCGAACCUUAUAAUGAAGUUGUGAAUAGACUCUGAGAUUUCUCUUCCGAUGAUCUGAAGAGUAAUUCAGCUCAAAUAUUAGAAAAUUCCCUUGACCCAGUUACACGAAGAUUCCAUAAGUUCUCGUGUCAUACAUAAAAGAAGGGGGCUUUUAAUAAGACAGAAAUAUGAAUGAUACCUAGACCAGUGGCUGCAACAGAGGCUUAGACUUAAUAUAUCUGAAAACGGUUCUUCAAACAUAAGUAUGGCGUCUGGGAAGAAAACGAGACACACCUCUGGGGACUCGACGGAUUCCAGUGAGGUAGACCCUAGUGAUUACAUCCCCACCCCUCCGGACGGAGGAUGGGGGUGGGUCAUUGUACUCAGUUCCUUUAUGUGUAAUAUGAUCGUGGAUGGUCUCGGCUAUUCCUUUGGAGUUCUCCUCCCGAAGUGGGUGGAAGUUUUCGAUGAAACCAGAGGAACGGUGUCUCUGGUGGGAUCCCUGCUGUGUGGAAUCUAUCUAUGUGCAGGUCCUAUCGUCAGCGGAUUAACGAAUAAAUUUGGAUGCCGAAUUGUGACAGUUGCAGGAAGUAUUUUUGGUACUCUAGCAUUUCUAGCUGCAUCUUUCUCCCAAAACAUCACAGUUCUGCUCUUAACAUACGGGUUUUUAGGGGGUUUGGGAUUUGGACUAGUGUAUCUUCCUGCCAUUGUGAUUGUGGGGUACUAUUUCGAGAAGAAACGUGCAAUAGCAACUGGGAUAGCGCUCUGUGGAUCCGGAGUAGGGACAUUUAUUUUCGCGCCAGCAAAUGCCAUGAUGUUGGAUGCGUUCGACUGGAGGAGCUUAGUAAUGAUUCAAGCUGGUAUUGUGCUGAAUGCUUGUGUAUUCGGUAUGCUAAUGAGGCCGCUGGAACCAACAAAGAAGAUGAGACAAUCCUUAAGAAAACAAGAGAUUGAAAAUGCAAGAAAAAAGGCAGUGGGGAAUAGAAAGCGCAACGCCCACUCAGACUCUAGCAUGAAGGGUGCAAGUGAUUUUACAGACCUCAAAGAAAUAAAGAAAAUAAAAGAAAAACAGGAAGACGAAACUAAAACUGCAUCAUCGGAGAAUACUAGUGGUUUCUUAAAAGGUGUCAAAGCCCACGAAAUUCACCCUACCAUUCAGAACGGGUAUGCAAAGACACAAGGGGAACCUUUCCUGUCUGUUCCUCGAUUAAGAGGUGACUCUUUCCAUCACGUGACGAAAUCAGACUAUUCUCGCCCUAUGUACCGACAAGACAUCUUUUAUAGCGGCAGUAUAACGAACAUGCCCGAAUACAAAUCUUCACAAUCAGACAUGAAACAGUACAUCGCGAGCAUUACCAACAUCCCCGAUAUCCCUUCCUCAUCAUGCUGGGACAGGUGUACAUGUCUGCCAAUGUCAGUUGUUGACACUUUAAGAGACAUGUUGGAUAUCUCUCUGCUCACUGAUAUUCCUUUUCUCAUGAUAUGUGCUGGAAACCUUCUAGCCAUGACUGGGUUUUACGUUCCGUUCACAUACGUCGUCGAUCACGCUUUACAGCUUGGUAUUUCCAAACCUGAUGCUGCAUUUUUGCUUUCUAUCAUAGGUAUAACCAACACGGUGGGGAGAAUUGCAUCGGGACUUCUAGUCGACAUAUUUAAAUUGGAUGCGCUUGUUAUCAACAACGUAGCUUUGGUGUUGAGUGCCGUUCUUCUGUUCGUGGAACCAUUCUGUAAAACCUAUGAACUUCUAAUUGGCUUUUCAGUAUUAUAUGGCUUCUGUGUGGCUGCCUACAUCUCCUUAACCUCCAUCAUUAUCUGCAAUUUGCUUGGACUGAGAAAACUGACAAAUGCCUUCGGACUCGUGACCCUAGCUAGAGGCGUUGCAGGGGUGCUAGGGCCUCCGGCCGCUGGGGCGGUGUACACGGCCACCGGCUCGUACAACUAUUCCUUCUGGUUGGGGGGAUUGAUGUUUGCUCUCGGUGCAGGCUGUCACCUGGUACUGCAUCUCCCAUGUGUCAAGAAAAAGGCGAAGGGGAACGAUUCCGACGAAAUCGUUAUUGCCGAGGAGGAGGACAAGUCAAUGAUAAAAGAUUGCGGGGAAAACGUGUGAAGGAAAUGAGGAGUGAGGUUUGAAAAGUGAAAGUAAAAGUGCGUGAAAAAAGAGGAUUCAUUCAUGAAGAAAAUGUGAAAAUAAACUUAUAAUCUUGUAAUGAAGACGUGAUAGCGAUUUCAUGUUUCAACAAUCAUAGUUUAUGUUUAGUAAACUAAUCAUGUACCUUGUGUGAAUGAAGUAUGUACCCUUUAUACGACUUAAAAUAUCAUUAUCAUAACUCAAUCGUAGGGGUUAAUGAUACUAAAGUAAUGGUGUGUGUGUAUGUGUUUAAAACACAUAUGCUGAAGGUGCAUUUACCAGCUAUGACAUCUUGAACAAAACCAAAAACAAUGGUGACUAAUUUUAGGAUUAUGUUUGAUUCAACGAUACCAUUCAUCGAAGUCAUAAUUUCAUAAUUGAAAUGGUUUUAUCACUUUCAUGCCACUUGUCUGGUCUUCGUUCAUUAACGUUUUCUGAAGAUUUUAGAAAUGUGAUUUUAUAAACAUUCAUAAUGCAAAUGUACACGAAUACAAAUCCCUCUAUUCCGAGAAUAAUAAUGUCUGUAUUGCAAUAAAAUAAGAUGUAGAACAAAA